UCUCAGGUCACUCAGUAAUCGCUCGGACGCCAAGUCAGUCGCACGCCUACCGUUCGCUUGAACGCGAAUUAACUUAACAUAUCGACCCCGAGUGACCCCGAAAAGUGCAGAGCCGAGCAUCAGACACGAACGAAACGACGCCGCGAACAAUAACAAGCAAAUUAACAAAAACGCUUCACACAACACACGUGAGCUUCAUUAACUGUUUAAUAAAUAACACGAAGGUGAUAUAGACUGUGGACACGAGAUAAAUUCGGUCGCGAGUUUUAAAUGCAAAGAGACGGGGUGCAAUAGCGGCUGGACAUCCCACAGCAUGUCUGAAGGAGACGUGUCUCUAAUUCAAGACGAAGAUCUUUUGCGGCGCAUGUGGCAACAGACCGAAGAUUUCUCCCGUAAGAAAGAAAUCCGCGCCCACAUGUACCGCCUCAGGGAAGAACGUUUACGGAACCUGUACUCCCCAGAGCCCAGCGGAGAUGGGAAAGGUUGUGAGUUCACGUCGAGCCAGGGCCACGUGAAGUCAUUUGCAGACCAAACCUUCCAGUCCAUGAAGAGUAAAGAGGUCCGCGACGCUGGUUCCCCGCCCAAGGAAUUCACGUAUCGCGGCCAAGACCUGAAGGAGCUAUCUAACGCGGGAUGGAACGUGGAAUCUGAUGAUCGAAUCACCGACGACGGUCAUACCCACGUCAAGUCCGUUAACGCGAACAUCGAAGGCCGGUACGACGUGGAAGGCGGGAAAGGCCAGUUCGUAGCCGUUGAUCGACACCGGCAAGCCGUCACUGAAUACCAAGACGAGAACUCCAGUCUGAAACGGAACGAGAGCUCCUCCAACACAGCCGCACACGAGCAAGUCGUCCGCAAAACUGACGACGGAACUCAAAUAAGCUCUUCUACUACGAGCUCAAGCUCCACCUCCAAGUUCCAACAGGUAUCUUCAACACAAGAAACGGUACCAUACUCAACUGAGGACCAAUAUAACCAACGAGCUACUAAUCGCAAUGAAUUAACCAGACAAGAGUAUGAAAGUAUGAAAAGAGUUGAUGACGAAAAAGGAGAGUUAGUGUCCAGGAAGGUGGAAUAUCCUGAUGAUAACACUCGCGUGAUCGUGGAAACCAGAUGUCUUCCAGACGGGACAAGGCUCACGAGCACUCGCCGAGAAUUUAGAGCUCCAGUGCAGAGUACUCGCUCCGAGCACCGCUCUCAGACCAGAGCGGAGACUAAGUCAAGCACUGUUCACAGAUCGAACGAAUCUUUUUCGCCUAAGGUUACUCGCCACCCUGACAGCGCUCGUGAUAUAGUCGACUCCCAGAGACACGCCGACGAUUACGAUUUCAAGAAACAAAUAUCUACAUACGUCGACAAUGACGACUAUUCGGAGACCCAAAGCAUUAGAAAUCGGGAAACGAAUGUUAGCAGUAAAAUUGACAGAAACACCGAUGACAAUUAUUCUCGAACUUCUCGUUACGAGACUAAAGUGAACAAGACGAUUAUUGAUUCUAAAGUUGAAAAUGACUAUUCCCAAAUUCAACGUAACGAGAAAGUUGACAGAAAUACUAUAGAUCGUUCAAAAACCGAAGAAUUCGACCAGUAUAUCGACUAUGAUAAUAAUAAGACAACUGUUGACAAAUCAACCUUUGAUGACGACGUUUCUCAAACUACUCGCCGUGUCACAAAAGUAAACAGUAAAGUAAUUGAUUAUUCGACCGUUGACGAUGACAGGCAUGUCAAACAACAUCACGAUAAUAAUCAUCACAGUAACACAAAGGAGGUGAUUGUGACGCGUGAUCAUAAAAAUGCGCAUGACACAGAUCAAAAGGAUACAAAGUAUACAAGAGACGAGAGAGUCCAUGAGAUAAGGGAUAGAAAAAAAGAAAUAAUAGAAAAAAAAAUUACGAAUGAAAAUUAUCAAACGACUUACCAGAGUGAUUAUACUCAGAGAAAAAUAAGCACUGAUUGGAGUCCUUCUCAUCAAGCUUGGGCCAGUACUUUACGAUCUGACACUCCGUCUACUACUAGACCUUCGACCAGGGCUUCAUCUCCGGGCAGCAGGACAUUUAAAUCAAGCUCUUCUUCACUGAGGAGUAGUGUUAGUCCAGACAAGACUCAUAGGAAACCGCAAAGCCGAGGUGGUAGUCCAAUUAAAGGCGAUAAGCCGCAAAGCCGUGGCAAUAGUCCAAUCAAGAGUGAAAAACCACCAAGUCGUAGUGCGAGCCCAAGUAAAGUUGACCGGAACUCUCCAACUCGUACGGUAUCAGACAAAUACUCCAGCACUCACAGCAUUACGGAAGUGAAAACUAAUAAGUAUACCAGCCACGAUGGUAGACCACCGACUGGUCGGUCUCCAACCCGACCUGUUUCUAGUCCUGAUAGACCCAAUGACCGUCAGAGAACAAGUGUUAGCCCCGAAAAAAGACCUAGUAUCAGCCCAACAAAUAAAACCGGGCAUGAACCAUCAGACUUUCAGCCAUCAUCUCCUUCAUAUGAACGACCAACUGAACCUCGUUCUCCGACUAAAACAAGUCAAAAUCCUGACAGAACACCAGAUUUUCAACCUUCUCAGACCAAACCUGAUCAAUUAAACUAUCCUCGAGCAACAUUUCCUGAACGACGUAGUCCUGAGAAAGUAUCUAGAUCCAGCCAAAGUCCGGAAAAGAAACCCACGGGCGACCGUCCCAACACUCCCAAAACUGACUCUCCAAAACAUGCGGACAAUAUUUCGAAAAGGCCAAGCUUAAGUCCUGACCGAAAGCCAUCUUUCAAUCAACCACGUGAGAAACCUACUGAUAGAACGACACCUAAGAAAAAUGUCAGUCCAGAUAGAAAGCCAGGCUACAUGAAGCCCACCGCUUCAAGCCAACAACCUACUAAAGAUUUCCCAUAUACCACUACAAGCCCUGAAAGAACUUGCCCAAAUACAGAUUCUACUAAGUAUUUCGCUACUACUAGAGAAUCUAAAAUCAACAAAGUUUCAGAAGACCACUACAAGUUUGUUGACGAAGAAACGAAAACAUAUACUUUAACAGAUAAGACAGACGUGAGUAAGAUAUCCCACGACUACUCAGAACCUUCCAGGAAAUCUCCGACUAGAUCUUCGCCUGCUAAGAAUAUUCCCGAUUCAGAACCUCGUGAAGGGAAACCAACUACACAUACGAGUGACAACUACCAUCGUGACAGCGUUGAUGUAACUACCAUCGACAAAACAAUGAAUAAGCAUGUAACCAAACAAAAUACUUCAGAAGACCAGGAUUAUCCUAUAAGUUCAAACAAUAGAGAACCUUCUCCUGCUAAACCCCCAAUUCGCAGUAAGCAUCCUACAGAUGAUCGAGAGGUUCCAGACCGAGAAGCAUCUCCAAUGACUGGUCGCGGGUCUUCUCCUGCUAAAUAUGGAACAUAUGAAAAGAAAAAAGCACGAGAUGAUAAUUAUACUCCCACAGAAAAGGAUUUAUCACAUCCUAGUCGUGAAUCAUCUCCUACCAAGUUAGAUAAAGGAGACACCAAAAAAUCAUUAGAUUCACCUCGUAUUCCUAAACAUGAAGAACCGAAAACUGGACGAGAACCAUCUCCCUCUAAAUUUGGAACAUACAAUAAAAAACGUCUAACAGAAGAAAUAACUGAUUAUCAAACAAAAGAAACUAUAACAACCAAUGAUAUAUCAGAAACUAAGUACGAUUCGCUUGUGGAACAUGGUAAAAAUACUAAAAAUCCCGAAAACCAUUCGAUUUCUUCUGAGAAAAAAUCUACAAGAGAUAGUAUUUCACCGACAAAGCCUACGCCUAUUAAAGACACAAAACUCAAGACAACUGAAUUUAUCACAAAUGAGAGAUCCACAGCGGAAGUUAAUAUAAAGACCACGAAAGAUCAUUCCAGGAAACUAUUGACACCAUCAUCUAGUCCAACUAGAAAACCAAAAUCAGAGUACGAACCGUCUACUGGUCAGAGUUCUCCAACUACUUCAGUUAGUGGUUUCGUCUAUUUCAGUUCUCCUCGUCAAGAAGAGACUAACAUAACUGAUUUGGAUGAUCAAAAUUAUUCACGAACUAUAACGACUGAAGAAUUUGUAACAACUCAAAGAAGGCCCGAUAUACUCGAUAUUGAUCAUACAUCUCCCUCUAAAAUACCCUGUCGUUCACCGUCACCUGAAAAAAGAAUAUCGCCAUCAAAAGACAGUCUCCCAAGGAAAAGUUCUCUCAAAAAACCCACUGAGCCACAGCCUUCGCCAGUUGAAAAGCCUCCGUCCAGUUUUCGAGUGACUCCUACCGAUGAAAUUCCUGACCACAAGACGGUUAAAAAAGAUAAGCCUGUAGACGAACCAAAUAUACCAAAAGCAAAACCUCCUCUUGAAAGGCGUGAGACAUAUGAAGACCGAUGUCGUAAGAUACUGGGCAUGAUUGAAAAUGAAGAAACUAAAACAAAUGAUACUGUAUUAAAAAAGACAGACAGUAAUAGUUCACUUAGCGUCUCACCUUGCCGUAGUCCAGAGCCAAGUGAAGAAACUUCUUUUAACACUUUUGUCGUUACAAAGAAAUCUACAACUGACAUCGUUGACUUCAUAUCACACGAAAAAGAUGACAUCGUAAAGACAUCUGUUCCAUCCGCUCACUUUCCUGAUAAGACGUCUAAAACCCCAAGAGAUGGCUCUCCGACCAAACUUCAAGAUCUAACUCAAAAUAUUUAUGAAAAACACGGAAACGAAAGCCAUGUUUAUGAAGAAAAGAUUACACUACAGUCCAAAACAAAAGACGUUAGGAAAAGUCCAGAAAAACAAACGGGUUUACCAAAUAAACCCGAUGAUAGUGAACAUUUUAAACUUCCCAAACCAUAUGAACCUAUAGAAAAACAAAAACAUAGCACCAGAGAACGUUCUCCAUCUAAAAUUGAGAGCAAGAUUCCCAAGGAUGUUUCACCUACGCGGCAAACUGUUAGUCCUAAACGUGAAAUCGAAACAAUUCCCUCAAAGUAUUCCACCACAAAGUAUCCAUCACGCAGUCCUUCCGUGUCUCCUACACGUCAACUUCAAUCACCACGAAAAAAAUCUCCAUCUAAAUCUAAGCCGGAUACUGGUUGCAAACAAGACGAGCCACAUAGAAGCCCGUUAGCAAAAUCUUCAACUCCAAAACCGCAGAAAGAAACAUCACCAGAACAAAUACCAGGAUACAUGAAGAGUACCACAACAAAGUACGAGAAAUCUACUGAUGAUAUAAGAGAAUAUGAAAACAAUACUGUAAAUAUUACGUCUGUUAGAAAAACUACACAAUCUCCCACUCGUAAAAUUUCUAAUGAAAAUUCCAGGAGCGUUUCUCCAUCUAAAUCGCAUUCUGUAAGUCCGGUACGUAAGCCAACUUCACCAACCAAAGGUACCGUUAACGAACGUCCAGACAGACAGACAGAACAGAGCUCCAACGUCCCAAAUUACAUGAAAACAACAACAGCUACAUCUGUAAAACAAGAACUGUCACUAACAGGAGAUACUACAUUUGAGGAACUUGAUCAUCAUACUAAAUCCAAAUCGCCUACUCGUAGAUUCCCGCCUACUGUUGAUAGUAAGGAACCAAGAAAUAUUUCUCCUGGACGUGAAAUUACAAUAAGGCCAGAGCAAGAGCAACAAGACUCACCGAAAAACAACAUCACAACUAAAACUGUGACAUCUACCUUUACAACUGAUGAAAAUGAUACAAUACGGGUAACGAAGACUUCUGAAACAAAACAUAAGACUUCUAAACCUUCUUCAUCACCCACAAGAGAUGCAGGUGAACCUGUUCCUAAGUCUGAUAGAUUGACAUCUCCCCAAAAAAAGCAGCAAAAAGAUAUCAGUAAAGAUGAUGAAAUACCCAGAAGACGACCUUCCCCCGCAAAAGAGGUUCCAGAUACUAAACCUGACUCAAGAUAUCCAAAAGAUACUUCACCUACCAGGAAAACAGCCAAAACACCAGCAUCCACAUCGGACAAUAUUACAUGUGAUAAUCGAAAAGAAUCAACAGUCUUUGCUAAAACAAUGCAAUCUUCUGUUGUACCGCCUUGCAAAUCACCUUACGAACACCCGGAUGAUGACAGAGCCACACCAAAACGUUAUGGCGCAAGUCCUGAAAGAGAGCCCGUUAAUAAAUACCCAUUAACACCUCCUGCUGCCCAAUAUCCUUCAGAAACUACAAAUUAUACGAGCUCUUCAGAAUUAUCGAUUACGAACACAAGAAACACAACACAGUCUAAACUUGUGGAUAACCGACAAAAAUCUUCGUCUCCUGUGCGGAAAACUCCACAAUAUAAACAUAUGAAUGAUAAUGAUGAUUCUCCAAAGUCUCCUCUUUACGAAAGAGCUCAAGGGAAUAAAACUCCGCAUCAUGAACCAACAUCUUCAGAGCCGAAACCUAUUAACAAGCGUCCGACGACUCCGUCACCUGAAAGAAUUCCCGGAUAUUUGAAGUCCACUACAUCAGUCACUUCAAAACAUGAGAUUAUCCAUCUUACAGAGGACACAAAAAACACAACUAUUGAUAAAACUACUAGGAAAGAAUCACCCAAUCGUCAUGUUUCGCCAGAUCGUCACACUCCAAAACGCGAAUUGCACAAAAAGCCUGAGAAUUGUAAAGAGACGUCAUCCUCUAAGCCAGAUCAUCCUGAAGACAUUGACUACGCACAUGAACAGACUAGAGAACAGAUUCCAAUAAAAAAACAUACUGACAGCCAUCCUAAAAAAUCAUAUAAAUCCGAGAUUCCAAAUUACAUGAAAUCUACUGCAUCUAUUAUAACUAAGCAUGAAACGGAAGGCUAUAAAACUGACAUAACUACAGGUACAGAGAAGCAUCGUUCGCCUAGGCCAUCAACAUCGCCAUUACGACAAGUACCAAAUGAAGAACAUACAAAAUCUGAGGAACCUAGACAACUACGAACUCCUUCACCAGUUAAGAAGAUUACAUCUACUAAAGAAUUUAGUGCCGAUUUUAUAAUGUCGGAAAGAGAACAAGAGGUACUUAAUAAGGUGCAAAAGUCAUUAAGGAAACUUUCACCCGAGAGAAAAUCGGUGUCUCCAAUCCGUGAGAAGAGUCCCUCGAAAAUGACUAGCCUACACGACUUGGAUAUUAUUCAAGUGAAAGAAACUGUGAAAUCAAUUGAUGGUUACGAAAUUAUUGAUGAGACAGAAGUUUUUGACUCUAACGUGAAAACAGAUAAAGCUAAAGAACAAAAGAUACCCUGUAAGCCAUCAUCACGUAAUGUAUCACCGACGAAGAAAAGCAACAUACCAGGUCCUUCUAAAGCAGAAAAAACUCCAGACUCUCCCACAAAAUCUAGAAGCAUUUCACCUAAGAAACCAAUUUCUGAAAGACCUCGAUCCCCACAAGUACCUAAAGUCGGUUAUGCUAAGCCAAAAGAGAUGACUCCAUCAACGUUAACCCGUAAGCCCACUCCCGUUACUAUUACUACCACCAAAUUAGAAAAGGCCCUUGUAUCUGACGCAAAGAAGUCAAUCACAACAAGUAAACAAGUUAUUACGAAAACUUCUGUAAAAGCCACUGCCAAUAAGUUUAUGACCCCAACUAAUAAAACUGAGACUGAACAACGAAAAAUUCUAACAUUGAAAGAUAAAAAAGACCAAGAAAUAUCAAAAAAAGAAUCUGACAGUAAAGUGAGCAGAACUACAAGUGACAUCACUUUAAAAUCAAAGAAAACAACACCACAGAGAGUCAAAUCGAAGCCUGAGAUUCAAGUUAGCGAUGUGUCCACUAAAUCUCAUAGACAUCAAAAACCUACCAAAGAAACGCCAGCUAAAUUCUCAACGAAACCUAAAUCAGCCACAGCAUUGAAUACAUCUACAGAUGACAGUGAUGUAAUCAUUGAUGUAGGGCAAUCGAAAUCUUCAAGGGAAAAUUCACCAGAUCGGAUUUGUCCAACGCCAAUCAACUUCAAUCAAGAAGACAGCACACCAAGAUUCCCAGAUGAAGUAAGCGAGCCCGACGAUGACUUCCGCAGACACACACAUCAUACUAUCCAUGAAACGGAAUCCUUAGUAGAUGACAUUGUAGAAAUUUGCGAAGAUGACGAACUAUUUGUCAAGAAAAAUACACUGGAAGACAGAGAGGAACUUAAUAUUCACGAGGGUGUAUCUAAAUCUGUUACGAAACUUAAAGAUACUAAUAUAUCAUUCUUAAAAACAGAAAGGCGAGAAUGCCUUGACGAACAAUCAGAUGAAUGUCUGUUAUCAGUGACUGAAAAAGUAAACAAGUUCGCUAAAGGCCCCACAGACACUAGAGAUAGUAAGAGCCCAAUACGUCGAAUCGUUGACGAAUACGAUAAAGAUACAACAUAUCAAGAUGAUUACACAAAAUUAAGUGUUAAUGACAAGGCUCACCUAUUUGUUGAAACAGCUGAAAACGUGAACGUACCAAAAAUGAAGCCGGCACAAAAAUUAGAACGUCCAGAUAUGAGUAACAUUGAUGAUUCAUUAAAGAGUGACGAUUGUUUAUUAAGCGUGUCUGAUAAAGUGAAUAAAUUCGUUAAAACGGCUGAACAGUUUCUCACCGAAAGUCAUGUUGUCGAGGAAAAAGAAAAAAAAAUUAAAGAGAAACACGAAAAGAUAAUGAAAAAGAUCGUGGAUGACUUUGAUGAGGAUACUCAAGAAGUGAUCGAGGAAAUAGAAAGGGCUACCGAAGAAUAUGAAAAACCAACGAAACACCCUGAAGAAAUACGUCACGUAACACCAGAUCGUUCAAAAGAAACAGUUAAAUUACACCCGAAAGUUAAAGAUUUCAAAACACCAACCCAAAAAGCGGCUGAUAAAACUCCGAUUAAGAUUACAACAUUAAGGAGCAGCGAAGCCGUCAAAAAAGCUAAAGCAUUAUUCGAGAAUAUUGCAUCUACUACACAAAAAGCAAAAGAUAUCAAAAUAAAAACUAAGCUGACCGACAUUGGUGUUAAUCAAAAGACUCCUAAACCGGAGACCCUUAGACAUAAAAACGACCAUCCUAAUGUAACCGAGGACGAAGUUGAGAUGAACACCACAGUAAUUAAAACCGAGCGUUCAAUCGAAUCAAUCAAACCUCAAGAAGAUAUACGCGAAAGUCCAAGUCGCUUAUCCACAGAAUCACCAGUCCCGAGAUCUAAAUCACCGAUCAGACAUACUGUUGAAACGGUCACAACGAAAAUUACAAAAUCUGCUGCACCAAGAGGGGAAUCUCCGAAGCAGCGGCCUGAAAAUGACAAGCCUGAUAACGUUCCAGGCUAUUUAAGACCAACGAAGACAAGUCAGAUUAAGGAGGAGACUAUAAUCCAUGAUACGGAAGUGAGCAGUCGUCGUGGCAGUGGAAAGUUUGGCGUGGAGCUUCGUAGAACGAGCGUUGAACGUGCUGCAACGAGCAGUGAGAGGAGACGCAGCGUGGAACAUCCUUGCAUAGAAGAUAUCUUUGAUGUCGAGCUCUUAGAACAAAUGCUGGAAAAAGUUGUGGGCUACGAACAGAGACGCCGAAUUCGUGCUCAAAUAAGAGAAGCGAAGAAAUCAGAAGGAAAUUUCACGAAAACUACAAGAACUACUCUAACAGUAUCAAAUAAAUCUGUGCCACACAAGUCUCCAGACCGUUCAAGGAAAUCUAUGCCACAGAAGACUGCGUCUCCCGAGAGAAGAGCUCCCACUUCGAAAACGGGUCACAAAGAACCAUCAACUUUGAAUGGACAUUCUAAAGAACCCGUCGAAAAGCAACCACGUGAUCAAAGGCCACACAGUCCUGAGAAAGGCAAGACCACACCAAAAACUUCUCGCCAAAGUCCCGAGAAGAAAGUCAGACCUCAGUCACCCACCAAGGUGACUCCCAAAACGAAGUCGAACCGAUUCAAUGAAUACGCUUCAGCGUACAUGAAGAAAGUGGGACUGAACGAGAAACUACCAGAGAUUAAGCAGCAGACAGAAGAACACCAGCAGUCACGCAUCGAGGAGCAUGUUACAGAACAUUUCGCAACAUCCAAGACGAUUAUCCAACAAACGUCUUCUAGAGACGUGAUCGAAACAACAAAUUUCAACGGUAAACGGUCACCGUCUCCAGGGAAAAAACAAAGUCCACAACGCACAGGAAGCUUUGAGAAACGGUCACCAAGCCCGGACCUCAAACGACAGAAGCCAGAUACUAAAAAAGAAAAGAUAAUAAAAACAGUUUAUGAAGUCGAAAAGAAGAUUUCACCUAAACCAAUACAGGAGGAGAAGCCCUCGUGGGUGACCAACAGGAAUUUAAAGAAGGUGACGUCAGAAACGCGGAGUUUCAGUUCGAAAAAAAUUGAGCCGGAAAAACCGAAAUACCGGGCUCCCAGUCCCUCUAAAGUCAUAUCUAAGCCUUUGGAUGUGAUCACGUCGAGCUAUGGGCCCGGACCACUAGAUGCAGAUGGAAAACCACUCUUCGGGAUAAAAGCUUUGAAAAAAGGAAGCAGUAAUUACCAAGUAAAAGGCACUGUGAUACGACAAGAGUUUCACUCCCGCAACGGCGGAGAGCCCGAAGGCACCGUAUCCGUCACAGCCUAUUCCACUGAGCCCGAGGAGCUAGAGAAACUUCUACAGGGAGAAGGAGCUCCUCCAUCCAGGAUACAUGGCCUGGCGGCCAUCACCACGACCAGGAAGUUUGGUGGAGACACCGGUACUUCUAUUCACGAAGCACACGGGAAGGAACAGCGCGCAGUCCUAGAUCAGUUCACCCAGAACGACAGACGAGUCUCAGACACUAGUCUAGACAUCACGAGAGACACCUCCACGUACGAGUGUAGAAGAGAAAUCGAAGAGCGGACAAACGAUAGAGAAGAAGAACUGAAUACAGAUAAUGUAAAGAAAAGUAUAAAAAUAGAGAAGAUGUACAGACAUGACAAUACAGGGAAGGAUGCGAGAGAUGAUAGGAAAGAUAGAGUGGAAAGGAGAGAUGAUAAGAAGACCGUCAGACAGAGCUCUGUGAAGUCUCUUACUGAGAAAUAUAUUAAGAGUGCAAGUGAGAGCUCGAAGACCGACCGCAGCGCUUACCCAAAAGCUGGGCUCAUCCUCAGAACGGCCACAAUGAAAGACAACGUCUCUAGUGACUCCACCUCGCAUGUCGGUCUUGCGCGUACGGACAGCGAGCACAGUCUGGGCUCGGUGGAAGAGACUGUGGUGACGACCACGGAGCGCACCGUGGACGGGGUCCGCACCACCACGCGCCAGGAGAGGUCCUUCCUCGACAGUGGGACCAAGGUCACCGGGGUCCAGGAUAUACUGACCAGGAUGAAGAACGCUGAUAUAGUGAUCGAAGACGGCGACACGACGGAGGACACGGAGGCGCGAGCCCUGCUCAACAAGUUCCUGGGCGCCUCCGUGCUGAUGGCCGGCAUGCAGGGCUACGUCACGGAGAAACCUUCCGGGAAGGUCGUCGUUCAACAGGAGACAGUCCGCAACAGUGGUGGCAAGGUAACCAGCACUCGCACAGUCGAAGAGUUCGACGUAGAUCAGUGCUGGGACGAACGCGUGCUCAGGAAACUCUUGGACGAGUGUAGCGAUUACGAGCAACGACGUCGGCUGAGGGCACGCAUCCGCACACUCAUGGCCGAACAAGAAGCAUGCACGAGCGCGGUGACAGAAGCGCUGGAGGCAGCGGGCGAGGCGGCGGGGGAGGGCUCCGAAACGCGCGGUGAGUCUCUACUUCUGCCGCUCCUGCAGGGUCUACUGGGUAGCGCCGGAGACCGACUGCUCGCCGGACUCGGGGCCGCACCUGCUGAUGUUGUGGCCGAUGUACGACGGUCCCUGGCCAGGCUCCGAUCAGCACUGGCCCCGCCCGCCCAGCACCCGCAAGCCAACGCCCUGCUCACUCUAGCGGACAAGCUGGAAGACGCCCUCGACGCCGCCGACCGGCUCGACGGGUGCCGCCGCCGUCCGCGACGACGCAGUCGGGCCGCUCGACACACUGUCGGUGUCACACACGAGGACUUAGAGAAGGCGCGAUGUCUAGUCGAUCGCGAGGAUCUCGAACGUCCGACCUCUACCGCGGUCAAACCUGAUAAUACCGUCUCGAACACCGAAGCCGCGACACCCGAGCGGAAGGCGAGCGUAGAUGAUGUCAGCUAUCACCCUGCUGUCGAGAUCCGAGAGAAACAUCCCCCGGUCGCGCACUCAAUUAGCUAUGAGCCCCCAAAAGUCGUUCACGAGAACACAGCGGUUGAAAGGCGAGUUCCGGCGCCGCGUCGACCUGAGUUUUUCCGACAUUCAGUAGCGGAAACGGGCGUGCCUGGACCGCAACCACAACAGGAAUCCCAACCUCGUACCGAUAGACGCCCGUCCGACUCUAGGAGCAGCAUAGCAUUGAUCGCUAAUAAGUUCGAUACCCAGGCGCAAGCUCCCCGCGAGACGCGUCGCGCCCCGUUCGAGGCGGCUCCCCGACGCGCACCUCGCGAGGAUCCGAAGCGAGCGACGCUGUACAUGCCACCGCCUCCCACUUACAAUUUUGCCGCGUUGCCCGUCACUCGGGAUGAUUCCAAGCCAAUCGGUCGAUUUUCUAAUAAUAAGAAACUACGUAUGAAACGCGCUAAUACUAUUGAUAUUGGGCGGCCCUUUGGUGGCUACAGGCUCGAUAGUGACAAUGAUGAUCAAGGACAGAAGCAGGCUCCCGCCGUACCGGAAUUUAAGCCUCAGACCGAGAAUGACAAAAAAUUUGUCGCUUUCAUGAAGAAAAAUGAGCCUUCCGAAAGCCAGCAAACAGUACCGAAUAACAAUUGGAGCAGCAGGUUCGGAAAUAUUAAAAAUUCUUUCGAGAGUCGAGAACGUGAAGAAAGCACACGUUCCUUAAGUGCGUCAUCAGCGCGUCGUUUCUGGCAGACCACUGAGUCUGGCGCUCCCGCUCAGCGACCUAGGAAAUUCUUUGGUGACACGAACUCUGAGAUAGUGAAACCGCCAUGGGUGACGGAUCGCCGCGAGCCGCCUCGCGCGAACUUCCCGCGUCAGCAACCUCUUCCCCCUCCUCCUCCACCUUCGCUCCAACCCACAUUUGCUCCUCUGCCUCCCACUCCACCCGUUCAACCUACUGCCCCGCAAGCUCCAACGAAGCCUAUAGUAAUUAAGCCAUUUGUGGCGCGUCCGAUUCCGGUCAAUCAGUUCUCUCACGCACCGAUGUCCGCUUUCAAACCGCUCUCGAAAGCCGCAUCUCCAACGGCCACCCCAGCUCACGUAUGGAGCCCGCCCUCUACUGGCACAGCAUCUUCUCCUGCGUCUGAAGUUCCGCCGGCUUUUCCUUUGAUUCCAAAAUCGAUGUUGCCGAUUUCCCCAACCAUUGCUCCAGCUGCUCUCCCUAUUUAUAACGACAACGAAAGGCAACCCGCACCCCCUUCGUCAACGUUUAAUCCCAAUACUUUCGUUUUAUCCUCCCCGAAAACGCAGACACAUCCACAGAUUCAAAACUACCCUCUGCAAGUUAUACCAAGUCAAAACGAUCUCUCUGCGCCGGAGCUUGUUCGCAAAAUAAACGAUGACAAACCUCAGACCGGUGAAGUGGAUGCUCAAAAGCUUCAAAUAGAAUUCUAUGAAAGACAAAUCCGACAGAGACAGCGGAGAACCGACCAAUGUCCGAUCGACCGGAAACCGCCGCUCACAUACACAGUCACUGAUUUCACGCCGAACGGCGGUACUUCGACAUUUGUCCCGCUACAACGCACUCCUGACAUUGAAAAAACUCGCAUUCAGAAAGUCGACUAUUUGCCAGAUGUUGUCACUAAUGACACAGAACGAUUGCAAUCUCAUCCCUCGUCGACCGCACCCCGUGCCCCUCCCUCCCCGCGAUCCCUCAACCACGCGAAAAUUUCACACUCGCAACACAACGGCGACGCAAUGUACUCGAAUGGCACCGACGAGGAUGCGGCCACGGAACACGGCAGUGUAGUAACGCGAGUAAUGCGCGGACCGGUGCGGGGUGCCGCAACCAUCACCGCCGGAGUGCGCACGCGAGGUGACGAGGGACGCAGACCCUUUGCUGCCGACAAUCUCCGCGGGGUACUCGAUAAGUUCUCUUCUCCAAAACAUGAAGUCUUAAACCAAAUCGAACGGAAAAAGCGCGAAGUCGCACGAGUACAAGCGCCUGGUCGGUCUCCGUUGGGGGCCUCCCGCGAGUCGGUCUUGUCUAGUUCGUCAACAGGCAGUGCGCCAUUGAGCCGCUCGGGCUCGUGGCACCAAGUGGUUCCUCCACAGCCUUCUUCCCCUCGGCGAGUCGUAGCUCGUGCUAAGUCGAUGCACCUUCUCGCCGUACCCAAGCUGUAUGAAGGAGGUAUUGCUCGCGAGGAAGUGCAAGACAAAAAGAAAACUGUGGAGGCGUACUUCACGGGACAGGCGCGGUCGAAGGCUCACGCUCGACAAGCGCCGUCAUAUUCUCUGGGGCGCAGCCGCACGAUGGCCGCGGUGACAGAGCUGCAAUUCCUGGACGAGAGCAACGCAGACGACGCAUUCGAAGACCUGGUGUCGGCGCUCGCGUAGCGCCGCGAGCACAUUCCACUAGUUAGGAGCGGGAGACGAGCGAGACGCGC